AUGGGAGCCGACUCCUUCUCAGGACGUUACACACCCACCUCUCCUUUAUCACCGAGGCCACCUUCCAGUCAUGGUCCACUUGCGCCACAACCGUCGCGACCUCGAGCACAACAUGGUCGACAAGCGUCGAGAAACCUGCACAUGAAUCUUCCCAGAUUUCACCCCGCCAAUUUCCCUCAUCUCGAUUCACCUGCUAUGCCUUCGUCCACAGUACAGAGUCCAGCCAUCACCCUCAACAGAGUCACGGCACCUGUCCUACCAGAGUCGCCCAGAUUGAUGCGAGAAAAACAACGCGAGUUCCUGGAACGGGCGAAUUUGUCGUCCAAGAUUGCCGCUUCGUCCAUGGGCGUGAAGCCUGGUUCUCCUCGACUCGAUCCCCUAGGCAGUCCAAAGGGUCCUGUAACACCAUUGGCUUUGGAUGAAGCCGGUGACUACUUCCAAGUCAAAGGGGCUGGGAAGAUCUCGCCGGCAGCCAGUCCAAGGAGCCCGAGGAGUGAUUGUUCCUCAGACAGAGAGAGCGUCAAGAAACAGAAAAAGGUUAGACAGACCGACGUCUAUGAAUGA